AUGCCUAGCUAUGCAAAGUUCUCGAAGGACUUACUAUCAAAUAAACGCAAGCUAGGGGAUCAGGAAACAGUAAUGCUAAUAGAGGAAUGCAACGCCAGAAUUCAGAAAAAGCUCCCACCAAAAUUGAAAGAUCCUGGGAGUUUUAUUGUUCCUUACAUGAUUGGUAAAGUAUAUUUUGAUAAAGCUUUGUGUGAUCUUGGUGCAAGUAUAAAUUUAAUGCCUUUAUCUAUUUUCAGAAAACUUGGCUUGAAAGAGGCUAAGGUAACUACAGCGACACUGCAACUGACAGAUGGGUCAUUGACACAUCCCAGGGGUAUAAUAGAGGGCGUGUUUAUCAAGGUUGAAAAGUUCAUAUUCCCUGCAGAUUUUCUAAUCUUGGAUAUGGAAGAGGACAAGAUGACCCUUAAUCGACGUUCAGAAUGGAUAGUUGAUUUUGAGACUGGGAGAAGAGAAGAUCUCCCAACGCAGUCUGAUUCAGUGGAGAUAAAAACAUGUGCAAUAUUUUUGGACACCAACCCACCUUAUACACGUAGAAGGCAUUUUGAGGAGCUUGGAACAGGACCCACAAAACCUCUACCAUCCAUUCAAUAUGCAUACUUGGGGGAGUCGUGUACACUUCCAGUGAUCAUCUCGAACACAGUCAGCAAAGUGGAAGAGAAGAAACUGCUUAGAGUACUCAGGGAAAAUAAAACAGCAAUUGGAGGGACCAUAGCAGUUAUCAAAGGGAUUAGUCCUUCACUGUGCAUGCAUAAGAUUCUCAUGGAAGAGAAUUUUCGGCCAACCAUUGAGAGUCAACGAAGGUUGAACCCAAGUAUGAAGGAAGUGGUUAGAUCAGAGGUUCUCAAACUUCUAGAUGUUGGAAUCAUCUAUCCAAUAUCAGAUAGUGCAUGGACUAGCCUAGUUCAAGUGGUACCAAAGAAAGGAGGAAUAACGGUAGUGCCUAAUGAGAAGAAUGAGCUGAUACCGAUCAGAAUAGUCACAGGAUGGAGGGUUAUAAUUAGAUACCAGUGGCUCCAGACGAUUAAGAGAAAAAACCUUCACUUGCCCUUACGGUACUUUCGCAUACCGCAGGAUGCCUUUGGCCUUUGCAACAUCCUUGUCACAUUUCAAUAUUGUAUGAUGGUGAUUUUCUCAGACAUGGUAGAAAAAUUUAUGGAUGACUUCUCGGUCUUCAAGUCUUCAUUUGACAAGUGUUUGGAACACUUGAAUUUGGUAUUAUUAAGAAGCAGGGAAACCAAUUUAGUAGUGAACUGGGAAAAAUGUCAUUUCAUGGUGCAAGAAGGGAUCGUACUUGGGCAUCGGGUCUCAGCAAAAGGAAUUGAGGUGGACAAAGCAAAGAUUCAGAUUUUUUCAAAAAUUACCAAACCUCUCUGCAACCUGUUAGUGAAAGACGUGCCCUUUGAAUUUAAUGAGGAAUAUCUGACUGCUUUCAACACUUUGAAGGAGAAACUUACGUCAGCGCUGAUCAACUACGCGACCACUGAGAAGGAACUCUUGGCGGUGGUCUAUGCCUUUGACAAAUUCUGA